AUGAUGACAGCCGUGACCAUGAUGACAGCUGUGGUUACUGACAAGGCCCUUGUUAACGGAGCUGGGAGAGUCUGGUCUCCCGACUGGGGCACUCGCGUGCCGGACGAGGAGGCCGGAGGCAGGAGCCCUCGACUUACCGGGUUUGGGGCGCUGAGAGAGCGGCAGUGCAGCGAGGUCCGCGCUGGCCGAGCGCAGGGCACCGACAGCCGAGCCCCGGGGCGGUGCGCUCCGCGGGCCAGUGCGCGGCGCGGGGCGGGCGGGGCCUCCCGAAGCUCUUGGCGCCCCGCCCCGUCCCCGCGCUUCCCCGCCAGGAUCGGGCCCCCGGGGAGACCUCAGUCCAGCCCUGGCGCACCCCGGCCCACCGGGACCCACCCAGGCCCUCCGCACCCUGAGCCCCGGGCCAAGCGCCUUGGAUCACGCCGGGUAGGCAGGCCCCCAGAAAGUCCGUAUUGGAACGGCCAGCCAGCCGGACAGACAGAUCUGCCUUCCUGCAGGAGUUUGGGGCUGGCAGGCAAGAAGCUGGGGCCCAUCCGGAAGACACCCUCACCCUCGGCCAAGCGCCGGGACAAACAUCCCUUCAAACAGCUCCAAACAGUAGCUUAA